UAGUUGUGUUAGUAUCAAAGUCGUCAUCAUGUAUCUAGUACUAGUGCUAGUGCUAUUUUCCCCCCUAGUUGUCAACAGUGCUAACAUCCUUGGUGUUUUUAUGUUUCCCUCCAUAAGUCACCAAGUCGUCUACCAGCCAAUUUGGCGGGAAUUAUCCCUUCGAGGGCACAACGUGACUGUAGUGACCCCUGACCCCCUCAAUGACCCCACUUUGACCAACUUGACCGAAAUUAGUGUCCGUUUCGCUUAUGAUAUCCUCAAAGAAAACCGUCUUCAGGAUAUAGUAUCGAAAGAUGCGAACCCUUUUGAGACCUUCAAGAGAAUUUUCCCAUUAAUGGAGAAAAUCUUGGAGGCCGAAUUGGAGAGCCCCCCUGUGUCCCAACUGAUCAAAAGUGACCUAAAAGUCGACUUGAUCCUCUUUGAGUGCUUCCAUCCGGCCCUCUAUGGGCUCGCGGGGCGCUUCAAGGCCCCCAUUAUUGGAGUCUCGUCGUUGGGCAUCUUCACUGCGGGGCAUGAUUCGGUGGGUAACCCCACCCAUCCGGUGUUGUACCCAGAUAUCAUGCUUAACUACCAUUCUACCAAGUUGUCCAUUUGGGGGAAAAUCCAAACGGUUGUGUACAAUUUGUGGAGUCGGUAUUACUACCAUUGGGUGGUGACCCCCAAAGCCCAUGAGCUGGCGAGGAAAUAUUUCGGGGAAGUACCAUAUGUGGGCGAUUUGGAGCGAAAUGUCAGUAUGUUGUUCCUAAAUGUGAACCCGUUUAUGUACCCACCGAGGCCCAACGUGCCCACCAUUGUGGAGAUGGGGCAAAUGCAUAUCAAGCCCCCCAAGCCACUGCCUGAGGACUUGAAAAGAAUCCUAGACGGUUCCCCCCAGGGGGUCGUCUACUUCAGCCUGGGCUCCAACGUCAAAAGCGUCAACAUCCCCGAAACGCUCCGAAGAACUAUCAUGGGGGCCCUCUCGCAACUCCCCUAUUUAGUUUUAUGGAAAUUUGAAGCCGACCAAUUACCCGGCAAGCCCCCCAAUGUAGUGAUCCGCAAAUGGUUGCCCCAACAAGACGUCCUAGCCCAUCCAAACGUGCGCGUUUUUGUGACCCAAGGGGGCCUCCAAUCGACCGAAGAGGCAAUUUCCCGGAAAGUCCCCCUCGUGGGCAUGCCCUUCAUGGGCGACCAACCCAUGAACGUGCAAAAAAUCGUCAAUUUGGGCAUCGGUCUGGGCGUGGAUCCCGCCACUUUGACCGAAGAACAAUUGAAGAAAAGCAUCAUAGAAGUCGUUGAAAAUAACAAAUAUAGGAGGAGAAUGGAGGAAGUGAAUAAAAUUUUGUUCGAUAAACCCAUGUCUGGGUUGGAGAAAGCCGUUUAUUGGUCGGAAUAUGUGAUAAGACAUGGGGGCACGAGGCAUUUGAGGAGCCCCAGUGCUGAUAUCUCGUGGUUUGAAUAUUUGUUGGUAGAUGUCGUGUUUGCAGUCGUGGGGAUUGUGGUUGGGGUUGUGUAUUUCAGCUAUAAGUUGGCACAGUUUUCCAUGGAAUUUAGGAGACAAAAAAUUAAAUUAAAUUAAUUAAAUAAAUUUGUUCUAUAUUAUA